AUGGACGAGGUGGAGCAUGACGUCACCAAGGCUCGGCAGACGAAGACCAAGGUGGGCUCCUCCCAGACGCACCCCGACGGGACGCGGGAGAGGACAAAGGUUCCCUGGGCCCUGUCCGAGGCGUUCCUCGCAGACCUCCUGGACCAAGUGUGCCAGCGGAUGAACGACUACAAGUUGGAGGUGGACCCUGUGACCAAGGAGAAGACGUUCAAGAGAUUCGCCCCAAGGAAAGGAGACAAAAUGUACCAAGAAUUUAAAAAAUUCUCUUUUUACUCAGAGGCUUACAGACCUUUGAAAUUCGCGUGCGAAUCCAUAAUAGAAGAGUAUGAAGACAAGAUCCUCUCACUUAUCGCCCGGGAGGCACGUUACCUGGCUGACAAGCUGUGCUCUGAAAAGCCAGGCCUGUGCAAAACUUCUCCUGAUCGUACCGAAUUCUAGGACUGACGUGCUACUGGUUGGAAAGGAGGAAAGGCAC